AUGACUAACAUUAGCAUCGCCAAAGAUGCUCCUCAAAAUGUCUUUGUAUUCCCCGGAAUCUCUGCGCCUGAGGCUACCCCUGGCGGAUCUACCCUCACCGUCAGCGACGCAAGCAACGAGGGACCGUCGGAAGAAGCAAAACUGAGCUACAGAAUGUGGGUUGCUAUUAUGCGCAACGACCUUCGCGGCGUCGCUGCUCUCAUGCGCCAGGGAGCCACCCCCAUGAUGAACCUCAAGUACGGUGGCUAUGCUCUCGACAUGGCCAUUCGAAUGGGGCACGUAGGGAUUCUUGUCGUUGGCGCCAUGCUGAAAAUGGGAAUGACGGCAAGGCUGAUCAACGACGAAACCCUAAAGCUGAUCUUCCAUGGUUUUACAUGCCGUCAUGGCACCCCUGAGAUGCUGGACUUCUUGGAGGUUAACGGCACAUGGUGGAGCUGGAAGUCCUACGGGAGAUGGUGCAUCAGUUUGACCCACAAAACGGAUGCCUGGGCGAAUGCAGCUAAGAUUAGGGAGCUUCGCGCGAAGUAUAUGCUGCGUGAGGAACAGAAGAGACCUCUUGUAAAGGUGAACGACAUGUUGGAUCCGCUCCCCGAGGAUCAGGCUCUCAAACCCAUCGAGGAGAUCGUUCGUGGGUAUUGCGAGAAAUAUCCGAACGUGAUCAUCCAGGAUUACUUUGAGGACGGAUACCUAUCACCACGUCACCAGAAUCCGGGCCCUGGAGUCGGUGAGACUCAGAGCUGGGUGCAGUACCUCCACGACCCGGUCAAUUAA